AUGGAUCUCGAUACCAUAGCCAUCGGUAACGGGUCGGCUCAAAAAGACUACGGAAGUUCUUUCGAUGGCUUUUUGGCCUCCAUACAGGUCGGUGCCUUCAUAGCGGCUAUACAGAUCGGGGGGUUUGUCAUCCUCCGCAGGAGAUACCGCGGAAAAUGCUCUUGUUUAGAUGCUAUAGGUCUUUUUGUACUGCUUCGCCUGCUCACCAGGAUCUUUGGCUUGACUGCGAUCUUCAUGUUGCCCCUCCUGGUGCCGUUGAACUACGUCCAUCAUCGUUCAGACUCUUCCAUCCGCGGCCUUGACAAGUUCAGUUGCCUAAAUAUCCUCGAGAACAAUACUGGCCGUCUUUGGGCACACUUGACUGCAGCUUGCUGGUUCACAAGCCUCUUCUGCUUGUCCUCCCGUCGCGAGCUUGCAAAUUUCGUUGACAUCAGACGUAUGCACGAGCCUGGCACGGUUGAUCGCCUCUAUCUCGUUACCGACAUUCCGGAGAGGCUCGAGAAAGCUUCAGUGGAGUCCAUGUUCCAUACGUUAUAUCCGUGCCAAGUCCAACUAUAUUCUACGAGAGAUAAGAAGGCACCAUUUGUCGGAGGAAAACCAUACCUUCGAGCGCUAACUCAGAUAGAGAAAGAAGCAUCUAGAAGAGAUGGCAAGAAAGUAUAUUCAUUCAUCACUCCUCUAGCCCUAUUGCCUAGCAGCUUAGGCUUGUUCGCGCUCCUGAUGGCAAUCAAGCCAGCCUUGCGCCAGUCCAGCGGAAAUGCAGCAGGAAACAGCGGUGAGAUAUUCUCGAAUAUCAUCAACCAAGUCUUCGUUGGCCUGUAUACAAUGCAGCUAUGUCUCGCCGGCAUAUUCAUCAGUGUAGAGAGCAAGACCGCCAGAUUUGCUUUAGGGCUACCGCGCUCUCCCAUUUGCUCGCCACGACGGAUUCACCAAGCGCCUCUAUUUGCUAGAUUUGCCGAAAUCUACGAGUACUUUGAUCGAGGAAAACGGUACUUCUUCUAG